AUGGAAAUUAAUAACGAUUAUAUAGAGGAAACAUCACAAGGCAAAUUCAACUGUGGAGUAUCGGCUAUCGUUAGAGUGAGUUUAAAGGAUGGAUCAUUUCAUGAAGAUAUCGGAUACGGAACAAGUGAUAAUCAAAAAGGUAAAGGAGCUGCCUAUGAGCAAGCAAAGAAAUCGGCAGUGAGUGAUGGUUUAAAAAGAGCUCUCAAAAACUUUGGUAAUGCAUUGGGAUUGACUAUUUACGAUCGUGAACAUAUCAAACAAAUUAGCAAGCCACAAAUGAAGAAGAAUCAACCAAACAACCAGCCAAAACCUGUGAAUCCUUAUUUUUCACAAAAUCCUUCUGGGUCACCUUCGCAAGCAAUGCCAUCUCCUUCCCUCACUCCUACACAGCAACAAUUGGAAUCGAUAUCUGCAUCAGUAGAGAUUAGUCAACCAUUGAUGAAUCAUCCAGUAAAGCAAGAGGAAGCCAAUCUUCAAUUGGAUGAUGACAUUGAUUUGGAUGGUUCAGUUAUGAAUUCCCACGAUGGAAGUGCAGCAACACCACCUGUAUUUCAAAGACCACCAACCCAGAUGACAUCGUCAACAACUCCAAGUGGAAAUACACCUCCAGUGUUUCAAAGACCAAAAAGACCAAAUGAAGUGGUUAGUUCGUCCCCUCCAAACUUUCAACCUGCUCAAAAGAAAACUAAGCCCUAA